AACAUCUCACCGAUCCCAUCAGUUACAUGCGCCGGAAGUUUCUGCAGGCGAACCAUCAGCUCACUCCAGCAAUAAUUUCAGCUCUCCGUGAACACGCUGUAGUUCGCUCAAAAAGCGGGCAUUAAACCGCUCAACUUGUCCGCAUUAGACCAUUUAAUAAAAAGGUUUGUGUGACAACAACAGGAAGUUACAGUUAGUGAAGAGCUAGCUCUGCCGGCUGAGUUUGUUAGCCACUGGCCUCUUUUCUCCCUUUCGUCACUUCCUACUUUUGAAACUCGCGGCUGUAGAAAAAGAAGAAAAUGGAGUUACAAGUGGGCUCUGAACCGAUGACUCUAGGUUCUCCCACCUCGCCAAAGCCGACUUCCGGAGCUCAGUUUCUUCCCGGUUUCCUCAUGGGUGACCUGCCGGCACCAGCCAGCCCACAGCCCCGCCCUUUCAGCCUGACCUCGCCCCUCGCAGAGAGCCUGAGUGCAAGUCGAGGAAGCGCCAGUAGCGGAGGAGGUUCGGCCCCGCAGCCCGUCGUCCCCACGCCAAAAGAUAAGAGCGGAGCGCCACCUGUUCGCAGCAUCUACGACGACAUGGUCACCAUGGGAACGCCGCUCAGUGCACUCAAGCAGUCUUUUCCAGUCAUGCAGUCUCCCCUCUCGGCACGCCAGGCCUCCACUCCAGGAGCAGUGUUCCAGCAGGGGUGCCUUUCUCCGGCGCAGGUGGAUCCUUUCUACAGUCAGGGGGAGUCUCUGUCAUCUGACGACCAGCUGGACCAGACCUGGGUCACCGUCUUUGGUUUUCCUCCAGCCUCAGCCUCUUACAUCCUGCUGCAGUUCGCUCAGUAUGGAAACAUUCUCAAACACACGAUGGCUUCUCCUGUGAACUGGAUGCACCUCCAGUACCAGUCCAGACUGCAGGCCAGGAAGGCCCUGUCCAAAGACGGGAAGGUGUUUGGAGACUCCAUCAUGGUGGGAGUGAAGCCCUGCAUUGACAAGAGUGUGAUGGGGAGCAGUGAAGCGGUCUCUCCGCCCCUCUCCGUCUCCUCCUCUGCUCUCCCCUCCACCCCUCGGUCCGCCAUCCGGCCCCUCAGCGCCUCCUACAGGAGCUCCGGCAGCGACUACCAGGUGGUGACAGACAGACAGACGCCCAGGAAGGACGACAGCUUUGUUUCCAAAGCUAUGGAGUACAUGUUUGGCUGGUGAUGAGAGAGGAGUAUAUGCAGAUGGAGAAAAGGAUUCACUACAGUGUGUUUGGGUGUGUGUGUGUGUGUGUGUGCGUGUGUGUGUGAGAGAGAGAGAGAGAGAGACACGGUUGGAGAAUCUCUCUGUCUGCUUAAUUUUAUCAUGAAUUUUUAAUGUCUUUCUCAAUAAAGUUUGUCUUUUUCCUUAAUCUA